GAAAGCGCUGCCGUUUUCGCGCCCUUUUGGCGACUUCUGCGCCGGGAGCCCCGCGACAAUACGGCAGCCAUGGCGUCGCCCUUCAGCGGGGCGCUGCAGCUGACGGACCUGGAUGACUUCAUCGGGCCCUCUCAGUGGCCAGUCCGCGUGCUGAGAACAAGAGUAAAGUUCAGAGCGGGCAGGCUGCAGGGCGUUAGCGUGCAGCCGGCAGUGCGGGCCUCCACCUGGCUGUGAGCCGCAGAGUGAUCCGCUGGUGCUGGCGGGCUGUUCGAACGUGUACCCCGUGUGCAAGCACGGUCAGCCGCCUUCCUGCUAAGACUGCUUCCGCUGGCCAGACGAGAGGAGUCAGGACUGCAUCAAGCCCAUGAAGGUGGAUAAGAGCACAGGAAGUAGGCUGUGGCCAAGAUCCACAUUGAAGAAGAUGGGAGUUACUUCCAGGUCACGCAGGGGGCCCUGUUGAACACCGCGUGCUGUGCUUCCAGGACGGAGGGACUCAGAAGCUAGAGAAGGCCAAGAUCUCACUGGGUGACUGCCUGGCAUGCAGUGGCUGUGUCACCUCCGCGGAGACCGUCCUCAUCACGCAGCAAAGCCAUGAGGAACUGCGGAAAAUUCUAGAUGCCAAUAAGACGGCGGCCCCAGUCAGCGGAGGCUGGUUGUGGUUUCUGUCUCGCCCCAGUCCAGAGCGUCGCUGGCCGCAAGAUUCCAGCUGACUCCUACAGACACUGCCAAGAAGCUGACUGCGUUCUUCAAGAAAAUCGGGGUGCACUACGUGUUCGACACCACCUUCUCGAGGAACUUCAGUCUCCUCGAGAGCCAGCGGAGAAUUUGUGCAGCGGUUCCGAGGACAGGCCAGCUCCACGCAGACCUUGCCUGUGCUCACGUCCGCCUGUCCAGGCUGGAUCUGCUAUGCGGAGAAGACGCACGGGAGCUUCCUCGUCCCUCACCUCAGCACAGCGCGGUCCCCGCAGCAGGUCAUGGGCUCCCUGGUCAAGGACUUCUUUGCCCAGCAGCAGGAUCUGCCAUGUGACAGUGAUGCCCUGCUAUGACAAGAAGUUGGAAGCUUCCAGACCAGACUUCUUCAGCCAGGUGCACCAGACUCGUGAUGUGGACUGCGUGGUCACCACAGGAGAAGUCUUCAAGUUGCUAGAGGAAGAAGGGGUCUCCCUCUCAGAGCUGGAGCCAGCCCCCUUGGACAGUCUGUGCAACAGCGCAUCUGCCCAAGAGCCCACCAGCCAUAGAGGCGGGGGCUCCGGGGGCUACCUGGAGCACGUGUUCCGGCAUGCAGCCCGGGAGCUCUUUGGGAUCCACGUGGAUGAGGUCACCUACAGACCCCUGAGGAGCCGGUCGGGGUGGCCCAUGUGCCCACAGGGGUGGGAGGCAGGAGGGAGCCCAGCCUGUGCUCCCCUCAGGAACAAGGACUUCCAGGAGGUGACCCUGGAGAAAGAGGGCCGCGUGCUGCUGCACUUCGCCGCUGCAUACGGCUUCCGUAACAUCCAGAACCUGGUGCAGAAGCUGAAGCGAGGGCGCUGCCCGUACCAUUACGUGGAGGUCAUGGCCUGCCCCGCAGGCUGCUUGAACGGCGGAGGCCAGCUCAAGGCCCCCGGCACAGCCGGCAAGGAGCUGCUCCAGCACGUGCAGAUGCUGUACGACACAGUGACGACGCAGGUGCCAGAGGACGCGCCUGGCGUCCAGAACUGUACGAGCACUUGCUGCAGGGCAGGGCUCAGAGCGAAGCUGGCCGCCUGCUGCACACGAGCUACCGCGCAGUGGAGACGGCCAGCUCUGGCCUCAGCAUCAGGUGGAGGCCAGAGGUUCCACGAGGUCCCAGAACCUCCCCGUGGGCCCAGGUCUGCGAUCAGUGUUCUCUCUGCUGCCUGGAGACCCAGGUAAGGCCCAGGCCCGUGGGCAGCUUGAGGCAGAGCGAAAGUGGGAUUUCUCCUCCCCAUUCCUGGAGUCAUCCAUGCCAGACUGGUGGAGAGCCCUCCGGCCCUGGAUGGCAGGGAACACUGGCCGGAGAGGAGCGCACGGCCCACAGCACCCCACGCUGGGGGUGGCGUACCCGCCCCACCUGGAACUGGGCGUUGAGGAUGCCGUGGUCUCUGGGACCGGACAGCUUGCAUUUCUCCGGUUCCGGGCAGGAAGCAGGCUCUGUUAGACCUCGUGAGAUCAGGCGCUGAGUCCCAUCUGCACAGCUGGGUCCCCACUUACAGGGGUGGGGGAGAGGGCAGAGUGGGGUGAGACCGCCUGGCGUGUUGUCACAGAGCUCCCCAUCUAAUAAAGGGAUCUCUCUGAAAAC